AUGAGGACAUUCAUUCCUCACAAGGUCAACAUAUACUUGACCAGUGUUUCCUUUUGUUCAGGUUGCUGCUGUGGAGCAGAGGACGUGGACGAACUGAUUGAACAAAACGUUUCUGUAAGAGUGGUACAGGCAGAGAAUCCCAAGGUGGCUUUGUCUUCCCAGAAGAGCCACCCCUGUGAGAGUUGUGGACCAGUGCUGAGAUACAUUUUCCACUUGACUGAAGAGCAGGAAACACAACCCAGCCAGAAAUCACUGCAGUGUGGGGCAUGUGCAAAACGAUUUUACUUCAGUACAAAGUGUCACCAGCACCAAGAGCACCACGUGAGAGAGAAGCCUUUGAGAAGAGGUGUGGACAGGCUCCUCCUUGCAGAGGGCUGCAAUGUCAGUGUGUCCCAGAAGCUUUUUACCUGUGGGGAGGUUGGACAGGACAUCCUUACUGAGUCAAAACAUCUCCAACAAGAGGCUGCUUGCACCAGGGACUGGCCAAAUGGAAUCUGGCCAUCUAGAGACACUACUCAAGGCAGAGAAAAUUAUUUCACCCUGAGUGAGUGUACAAAAGCCCUUGGCUGCAACCAUGCAUAUAUUCAAAAGAAGGGUGUCCAUGCUGGAAGACAGUGUUUUGUGUGCCAUGACAGUACAAACUAUUUCCCAGGAAUUUCUAGGUCUUUUUAUUGUCAGAGAGUUCCCAGUGGAGAAAAGCCACAUCAGUGCAGUGAAUGUGGGAAAUGUUUUAAAAAAUUGGCUCAACUUCGUAGUCAUCGGACAGUUCACACUGGAGAAAGGCCCUAUCAGUGCGUCAUAUGUGGGAAAUCUUUCAAAACAAGAAGUAACCUUUAUUUACAUAAGAAAACACACACUGGAGAAAGGGCUUAUGAAUGUAGUGAAUGUGGGAAAUCUUUCACCGAUAACACUCGCUUCCAUUGUCAUCUGAGAGUUCACACAGGAGAAAGGCCUUAUGUGUGCAGUGUAUGUGGGAAAUCUUUUACCAGAAGUGAUAUCCUUCUUUCUCAUCGGAGACUACACACGGGAGAAAGGCCUUAUCAGUGCAGAGAAAGGCCUUAUGAGUGUAGUGAAUGUGGAAAAUCCUUCUUCCGAAAGAAUGCACUUCAUUGUCAUCAGAGACUUCACACUGGUGAAAGGUCUUAUGAAUGUAGUGAAUGUGGGAAAUCUUUCAUCAAAGGUACUCACUUUCAUUAUCAUCAGAGAGUUCACACAGGGGAAAGGCCUUAUGCAUGCAGGGAAUGUGGGAAGUCUUUUACCAGAAGUGAUCACCUUCUUUCUCAUCAGAGAGUUCACACUGGGGAAACACCUUAUGAAUGCAGUGAGUGUGGGAAAUCUUAUCAGAGUAAAACUGGCCUUAGCUCUCAUAAGAGUCUUCACACUGGAGAAAAGCCUUAUAAGUGCAGCGACUGUGGGAAAUCCUUCUGCCGAAAGAAUAGUGCACUGCGUUGUCAUCAGAGACUUCACACUGGAGUAAAACCUUAUGAAUGUAGUGAAUGUGGGAAAUCUUUCUUCCGAAAGAAUGAACUUCGUUGUCAUCAGAAUAUUCACACAGGAGAAAAGCCUUAUGUGUGUAAUGAAUGUGGCAAAUCUUACCACAGUAAAACUGGCCUUCGUUGUCAUCAGAGUUUUCACACAGGAGAAAGGCCUUAUGUGUGCAGUAAAUGUGGGAAAACUUACCGAAGUCGUGCUGGCUUACAAUAUCAUCAGAAUAGUCACACAGAAUAA